UAUGGACCUCCCUCUUAUUUUCUCUUCAUAAUCAUGUUCCUUCUCUAAAUUUGAUUUCUAUUUUAGUUAUGUUUUCGUUACUUUCUUUCCAUCUACAAAUUCAUGCUUCUCAUUCGAUUUCUUCCUUGAAAUUAUUAUGAUUCAUUCUAUCUUUUUAUAGAAUGUAUAGUCAUGUGUAAAACAUCAGAGAAUUAUACCGUGAAGCUAAUUAAGAGCUGCCUCAUGUGUGGAAUUGCAGUCCUCGUUUAGCGUACAAAUUGGCCUAGAAAAUUCAGAAACGCGCGCGGCUCGUGAGAAGACAAGUUAACUGCUAACGGAUGCAUGCAAAGAGAACGAAGUUUGCGUGACAAUUAUGCUGAUUUUCAGCUCGCACUAAUGGACUCAGCAAACAAUAUGGGUUCUUCUUCCUCUCCUCCUUCAGGCUUGAGGUCCAAGGGCCAAAAGAGGAAAUCCACCGCCACAGAUGAUAGUAUCGCAGUGGAGAGGCCUCAUGAGAACGAGCCGGGGUUCUUCAAUACAGAGUUGGACCUCAGCUUAUCUUUGGGCCCUCCCAAGGCCCACACAAACAUAGCCCAGAGCACUGUUGACCCUGGGAAUAAUGAUGUUCGGGCCCAGGCCCAAAAUCCUGCUCCGCGAGCUCCAGCGGUCAGGAUUUGCCUGGAGUGUGGGACCACGAACACCACAGAAUGGAGAAGAGGGCCCAGGGGCAUGAAGACUUUAUGUAAUGCCUGCGGACUGCGUUACUGGAGCCAGGAAAAGCUUGUCAGCACGUUGUUUAGUUCGAAGCAUCCAUAGUUUGAAGUACAAUUCAAUAAAUCGCAAAGUGUUGUAAAGUGUCAUGUUAAUUGAAAAAAGCUUCUUCAUAGCUUCAUGUUCAAUCAUCAUUGUUUGUUAUUAUUUUUAAACAUUUCUAUCACAACAUUUGUCAUUAAUGAAUAAAUAAGCAAUCUUCAGUCAUUUAUUUUGAUCA